GACACUUUUUCAACUUUUCUCCCAUAUAAGAUGACUCUCCUUACCUCUACCCUCCAUUCCUCGAUGUCUAUUUCUUAUCAAGUCAGUGCACAGACAAUAAAACGUGCCCGAGAGUUCCCACCCGUUCUCUUGACAGUUUGAUGUUACUCUCUAAGCCAUAGAACUAGAAAUAAAAAUGUCUUACAGACUAGGUUACUACAGUAUAUGUCUGUGUUUAUUGUUGUUUCGCAGUUGUAAUAUUUUUAAGUGAUUUUUGCUAUACUUGAUUAAAAGCUCUUGUGCUGAAUUAAAUAUAUAUCAUAUAGUUUGGUCACAACUUUUCGAAAUAUUGAAUUUAUCUAUAUUAGUUAAAAACCUGAGUGGAAAAAUCUUUACAAUAACUGAAUCAUGCAUCGGAACUUACCUCAAAAUAAAGAAGCUUUACUUAAAUCUUACACAACACGUUUAAAAGAAGAUGUUAAAAGUAUGUUAGAAAAUUUUGAAGAAAUUAUAAAACUUGCAAAGGGGGAAAAUGACUCCCAGUUAAAUAGAAUGACACAAAUUGAGCAGGACACUUUUGAAAUGCAAGUUAGAGCAGCCAAUAUUGUGAGGGCAGGAGAGUCUUUAAUGAAGUUAGUAUCAGACAUCAAGCAGUAUUUAAUAUUGAACGACUUUCCAUCUGUUAAUGAAGCAAUUACACAAAAUUCUAAAUUAUUUCGUACUAAACAGCAAGAGUGUGAUCAAAAGCUAAUGUCCCUUCGUGAUGACAUAGCUGCCGACCUUUAUGACUUAGAAGAUGAAUAUUUUACCAGUAUAUAUAAGUGAUCCUAAUUAACAUAAACACAUCUUCAAUAAAGUCAGUAAUGGUCUGUUACAAUAAUUUUAGUACUCAACUCGCAAACACAGUCUUUACCACUUUCAUGUUUCAAUAUUAAAUUUUAGUACACUUACCUAAAUAGUAGUUAAUGGUCUGUUACAAUAAUUUUAGUACUCAACUCGCAAAUGCAGUCUUUACCACUUUCAUGUUUCAAUAUUAAAGUUUAGUACACUUACCUAAAUAGUAGUUUAGAGUAUUAUGUUUAUAUCAGCAUGCACAUUUUACCAGUAUAGAUGUGCUAUAUAAGUAAUAUUCAAACUACUGUUACCUAACAGUAGUUUGAAUAUUACUUAUAUAGCAGCGUUGUACUUGGCUAGGGAGCAUUUGUUGUUACUAAUAUUUAUUAUGUAAGUUUAAACACCUUUUUGAAUGAAAGUGAUAAAUUGUCUAUAUUGACUUAUAAAUUUUUAGAUAUUUUGAUCAAACUAAUCAUUAUAAUAAAA